AAUGUUUGAGACAAGCACUAGGAGAAAAGACAGCUGUAAAACAUUUAUUUCAUCUAGAUUUAUUUUCAUAAAAAAAGCGCAAAACAUAUUCUAAGGAAUCAGAUAAAUCAUUCGGACUUUUUGACGGUAUUUCGUUUAUCCAGUAAGAAAAACUAUGUCACUUACGUUUGUGAAAGUUUUUUUGUUUUUACUUUUAAUUAGAAAGUGUUCAUUGUUUAGUUUUGAGUAUGUCUUAAAAAAAGUUGAUAGUCUUGAAGCUAGAGUGGUUGCUCUGGAGACGGUGGAUGGUUUAAGGCGUCUUGAAAUCAAUGAGAUUUUUGUUCAAUUUUCUGAGUUCACCAAAAAAUUGAGAGCAAUGAACAUGUCAUUAAUUUCGACAAGUACAAACGUGGAUGUUAACAAUUGUAAUACUUCAGUUGUGAGUACAGAUGGACACUCACUUAGUUACCUGGUCAAAGGAAUGGCUGCGGAGAAACUUUUGAGCUACAAGAACAGAAAGAACUUUGAGAGAAUGAUAAAUUCCUUACGAAAUAUAUUUAGCGACCACGAGAAUAACUUUGAAGAGAUGACGAAAAUGUUAAAAAGUGAAAUAAAUCAAAAUAGAGAAAAUAUAAAAAUCGUACAAACUUUAGUGGCAGAUACAUAUGAUACGAUAAAAGAAGGGUAUAGAAAUGAAAUGGCCUCUUUAAAGACUGAAUUUGAGCAUGCACGGAACAAAAUGGAGAAAGAAAUAGAAUUGUUGAAAGACGUAACCAUGAUUCAUCGGCCGAUCGGGAUAAAAUCAUGCAAAGAUUUAUUAGGCCAGGAACAGUUUGUAAAUGGUAUUUAUGAGCUCCAUAAUGAUCUGAAAGUUUACUGUGAUCAAAAAACAGAUGGGGGAGGUUGGAUAGUUUUUCAGCGUCGUGAAGAUGGAAGUGUCAAUUUUGAACGCACAUGGGAUAACUACAAAGCUGGAUUUGGAGAUUUAUUGCACGAGUUUUGGCUAGGAAACGAUAAUUUACAUGUCCUUACAGAACAUGGUAACCACGAGAUACGUAUAGAUAUGGAGGACUUUGAAGGUAAUAAGGCUUAUGCUAAGUACAGUCAUUUCAAAGUUCAUGGAGAAGUUGAUAAGUACAGGCUUGAAGUGAGUGGGUACAGUGGAAAUGCUGGCGAUUCUCUCUCCAGUCAUAACAAAAUGGCAUUUUCUACAGUAGACAGGGAUAAUGAUCCGUACACUGGCAAUUGCGCUAAGGAUUACAGAGGUGCAUGGUGGUAUUUUUCAGGCUGUCACAAUUCAAAUCUCAACGGAUUUUACUACCAGGGGUCGGGUUCACCACAUGGGAAAGGUGCGAUAUGGUAUUAUUGGAAACAAUCUUAUUCGUAUUCCCUUAAAUUUGUCGAGAUGAAGCUACGACCAACUUAAUCUCAUUGAAUGUUUUGUAAAAGAAUCGAGAUUCAUAAAAUUUGGAAUAAUACAUCUUCGUCUGAACACGUGUCUAAUGAACAGUUUUUGGAAAUACAUUUUGGAAUGUGUUGAUGCAAACAGUCACGCAGUGUUAAUGCUACAUAAGGAAACUUGUUGUGAAAAAGUGUACCCUUACACGAUGAAAUAAAUGCAUGAGUUCAUUCAUUUGUACAUUUUAUAUCAUAGAGCGCAUGGUUGGAACAAAUCAUUGGAAUACUCUAUAAUGCCUUACAUUUAGAUGAAUGUGUGGUAAGAUAAAACAUAGGCUAUACAAAUGUUAUGUGUAAUAUAACAUAAUGCACUGUAUAAAAAAAAACGAUUAAAUUCCAAAUUGACGAAAUCAGCUGAAGUAUCGUGAAAUACUUUAAAUGAUGCAUUUGAUAACAAUAAGGUGUUAAUUUGACAAUUUGUUUUGAUGAAUUUGACCAGGAAUAUAACUUUAACAUUUUUUUUUCAAAGUUUGUUUAAUGUCAGCACAUUGCAAUAAUUUGAAUGUACUAAAUAGAACUCGUUGCAUAUUUAUCAUUCUAAAUCGCUUUACUUUAUUCCCUUAUUAAACAGUCCUGUCACUCGAGUGCAUAUUUCUUGGAAAACAUGCACAGAAUAAACUAAAGAAUGCCUACAUUUCAUACGAAAUAAUAAAUUCUUACAAUAUUCAUGUUUAAGAUGAAAUCGUGAAGAAUAGAUUCUUGUGUCCAAAAAUAAUCGUCACAUUAAAUCAGUAUAUUCGUUUCUGCUCUGAAAAGUUAUUUAGUCAUACAAUGUGGUGUAUUAAGCAGCUGAUGCUACAAGGUGUAAAUAAAGUAACAAUUCGUUAUAUAGUACAAUUUGACAUGUUAUAUGACCCACUAUAACGGUUGUCAGCAUAAAUUUGUCGAUGGCUACAACAUGAGCGAUUUGAGUGAUUUGACUUCAUGCUACUAGGCUUCCUAACCUAUAAAUGAUUGAUAAUUGAACCACAAUGUUGUUUCAUAUUUUGUUAUUUGCUCAUACGAAAAUUAAUCAUUAAGUUCCUGACAAAUGUUAUGAGACCUUGUGUCUAGGACAGAACACCUUAAAAUAAAAUAAUGAGAUUUGCAUUGUUCCAAUGUUUCUAUAUAAACUUCAGUAGAAGAAAUAACAGAUCAUUGUCUAUGGUUGUUGAAUUCAUAGAACUACUUCAUAUCGACGGAUGGUUAUUUUUGCCCCAUUGUAGCAUGUGCGGUGGCAAAGAGAGGACAUAUGAAAAUUUUAUCUAUAACGUGGCUAGUGAUAGCUACUAUGUGCGCACGUGAAAGCUACUACGUGCGUACUAGAUAGUUACUAUGUGUGCAUGAAAUAGCUACUACGUGCGCACUCGAUCGCUACUAUACGUGCGCACGCGAUAGCUACAGUACUAUACAUUCGCACGAGAUAGCCCCUACGUUGGUCAAUCAUUACGUGCACAUGUAAUAGCUAUCGCGUGCGCACGUAGUAGCUAUCGCGUGCGCACAUGGUUGAUAAAAUAUUUUCGUGCCACCGUAUGCAUGUCCUCAUCUAACAAAACUGUUUAACAAUUUGCUUAUAUCUCCUUACAGUAAAUGAGGGUUUUGUGAGGGCAUUGCGGUCUGUACAGUUGGGCAAAGCGGUCUGAACUUUAAAAUGCAAAGUCUUCUAGUGUAAAUAGUAUAAGUGCUUUGUAAUAGCAGGAAUGUUAGAAAUAAUAUAUAUUCUAUGUAUAUUAUAUGUAUAAUAGGUUAAGUAACACGAUGAUUAUAAAGGCUAUUUUGUAGGUUUCAAAUCAUACA